AUGUCUCGUUGCCGUUGCUACAUCGUCCCUCCUCACCUUCUCAGGGGCAUUGCUGAUUCCUCCAGCAAUCCCGACCACAUUCGCCAUGCCGCUGCGCACUCCCUCGCCUCCAGAGAGCGCAUCACAAUUGCCCGGAAGGAUCUCUUCACCCAUCUCACCACCCCUCGUGGAUACUUCAACACUUCCAAGGCCCCAGCUCGCCGUCGAAUUGUGCCCGAUGCUCUGCUACGACAUGUCGCCGACUCAGACAAGGCAGAUGAGACGACCCGUUCUCGAGCUCGCCGAGACCUUGAGCACCUCCAGCAAGUUCUUGGCCGCGUGAGGAUCUCGCAAGCAGGUCUAGCAACCGAGCAGAAACCCGCCUCCGACGACGACAAAGGCAAGGGUAAAGAUCCCAAAGAAAGCUACUACCGAGCGGUCCACGAUGCCAAGCACAACUUUGACGAGAACGAGCUUCCUGGGCAACUUGUCCGAUCCGAGGGCGAGCCCGAUGUCAAGGACAAAGCAGUAAACCAAGUAUUUGGCAAUAUCGGAGUAGUCUUCGACUUUUACAAAGAGCACUUCAACUGGCAUUCCAUCGACAACAAGAACAUGGAUGUCAUUAGCUCCGUUCAUUUCGGUGAAAGUUACGAAAACGCCUUCUGGGAUCCAGAGAAGGCACAAAUGGUCUUCGGUGAUGGUGGCGAGUUUCUAAACAACUUCACUUCCUGCAUCGACGUGAUCGGGCACGAACUCACCCACGCAGUCACGGAACACACGAGCCCUCUUGACUACUUUGGCAUGCCGGGUGCUCUGAACGAGCACAUUUCCGAUGUCGUCGGAAUCAUGGUCAAACAACAGGUCCAAAACGAAAACGCCAAGAACGCAGACUGGCUCAUUGGCGAGGACUGCAUCCUGCCAGGCGUCAAAGGCACAGCUCUGCGAAGCAUGAAGGCGCCUGGAAGCGCCUAUGAUGACCCAAAGCUUGGCAAAGACCCUCAGGUAGACCACAUGGAUCAGUACAAGACCAUGUACGAGGACAAUGGCGGUGUCCACAUCUAUUCUGGGAUUCCGAACAAAGCUUUCUAUCUUGCCUCGGUUGCGUUUGACGGGUAUUCCUGGGAGAAAGCUGGGCAGAUCUGGUGGAAGACUAUGACCAGCGGCAAGAUUCCACCCAAAUGCAGUUUCAAGCAGUUUGCCACUGUCACCAUCGAGGUUGCAGAGGAGGCGUUUGGCAAGCCUGCCGCCGAUAAAGUGAGAAACGCUUGGUUGGAGGUCGGCGUUGGUGGCCGCAACGGUGGCGACGGCAAGAAUGCUCCCAAAUCGAGCAGCUGGUGCAAUGCACUCUGA